AUGGAAUACGACAAAAAUGGAGGGUUGGUAGACAUCGAAGACGAACAAGUGCUUCGCAUGACAGUUCCUGAGUUCAAAGAAGAGACGACGUCAACUACGAGUGUCGUAAGAAUUCACGGCAAUCGAGAAAAUGAACCAGAAGAUGACGGUCACAACGACGACGAAGACGACAAAGAAGAAAACGACGCCGAAGACGACGGGCAACACGACGACGAAUUGGCGGAGCGGGCUGAGAACAGUCAGCGCAACGCCCAUUACGACGAAGAAGAUAAAGAAAGGUUAACGCCUAAUGUCCGCAACAGGUCACGCGCAAGGCCGUGCGUGCAAUUAACCUUUGGGGAAGUCGAGGAAUCCCUCGAGAAAUUCAGUGGAGACGACCAGGCUGAUGUGCGACGGUGGAUCGAAGAUUUCGAGGAUAUGACCGAAAUGUACAUAUGGACCGAAGUACAAAAGGUGGCAUACGCAAAAAGAUUAUUAACAGGAUCAGCCAGACUAUUCGUUAUUUACGAAAGGUGUGCGAAGACGUGGAAUCGGCUGAAAAGAGCGCUAAGAGAUGAAUUUGACGACAGAGUAGAUAGUCAUCGAAUUCACGCAAGGUUGCAAGAAAGAAAAAAAAAGACGAUCGAAACAUACCAGGAGUACGUCUACAAAAUGCUGGAAAUUGCAACACCGGCAAUGGUCGAAAAGUGGUCCGUAAUUCAGUUCAUAAUAGAAGGGUUCGCAGACGAUGCGGUUAACAAGUCUAUUUUAUACGGAGCUAAGACGAUAAAGCAACUGAAGGAGAGAUUUUUCCAAUAUGAAGGUAUGAAACGAGAAAUGAAAAACAAAGCGAAAGUUGCAGAACGGAGAGACGACAGCAAAGGAACCCAAAAAAGGUCGGCAGUGUCAACGACAGCUGCGGCAGCGACAAAAACGAGGCGGUGCUUUAAUUGUGGUGAUAAAAAUCACGUAAGUGCAGAUUGUCCAGUAAAGGACAAGGGUGUCAAGUGUUUUAAAUGCAACAAACAUGGACACAAAGCAACAGUUUGUCCCACAAAAGUAAAAGAAGCAAAUCUUGUGUCGCGACCAGGAGAUAAAAAAUACAUGAAAGACGUAGUGAUAGGGGGUCAAAAGUUUACGGCGCUUGUAGAUACAGGCAGCGAUCUUACGUUUAUGAGGACAGACGAAUAUGUCAAAAUUGGAUAA